CAAAUUUACAUCGGCCCCCCCCUCAACUUCUGCGGUGGAACUUCCCCAGGCUUCAAGCAGAAGAAGGGAGAGAAAUAGCGUAGUUAGCGUUAUAUUCUUUAACGUUGGCGUAACAACACAAUAAUACAUCCAAGUUUGUAAUUACAAACAUAUGUUGUACGUUUAAGUACUAGUCUAACACCUCAUUACUCUACAAAAUGGAUUCAAAGUCAAGCAAUCGGCCGGACGAAGGGGAGCUGGAAGACGGGGAGAUCUGCGAUGAUGACACCGACGAAAAGGUGCUUAUACAGCAGGAUACAAUGAGGCCUAGUAGUAUGAACAACAACUCAUCACGAAAUCCACGGAACUCGAAACCAUCGGCGCGAAGUUUACCACCUCUUAUGGGUAGCCAGCCUACAGAUUUUCGACUCUUAAUGCCAUACAACCGCGGACCUCAUUCGCACAGUCCCUUCCCCCCGAACCACAGACCGCAAAGCGGACCCGAUCGGCCGCCGCCACUGGGGCCUCACUGUGACCAGAGCCCACGUUCCAGCUUCUGGGAACGAAGUCACACAGCCCUGGGUCGAUUUAGGCACCGGUGGAAACCAGAAGAUGACGGUCGCGGGGAUUGGGGACGAGGAGGCUGGGGAGACGGAUGUGGUGGAGGGAGAGAGACUGGUUGGGUUCCCCCCGGCCGUUAUGGGCCCGGAGAGAAUCACAGUAACAAGAAAGAAUCUCCCUCGAGAAACAAACAGAAGGUAAUGAUGGGGAGGAAUCAGGUAAGAAACAAGCAGAUGAUGCACCACAACGCUGCCAAAACCGAGAAUGGUGUCAACGAGAGCUUUGAGGAUCUGCUCACCAAGUACAAACAGAUUCAGCUGGAGCUGGAAUGUAUUAGAAAAGAAGAGAACAUGGUUCUGAAGCCCGAAGAAGACCUCCCGGCUCUGAACGAGCCUGAGGUUUCUGCCAGUAAUCCCCAGACCGAGCCGUUACCCGACACUAACAGUAUUCCCAAUGACAGUGCUGCGGAGGAGAAGAAGGUAUUUCAGGCGUUCAACCUCAAACCUCUACGACAGAAACUCCUCACUCCGGCAGAAAUUGAUGCGCUCAAAGCGAAAACGGAAAAGAAAGAUCCAGAGAAAGAGGACGGUGACACGGAGAGCGAAAGAGGUCCAGUUGAACCAGUUGCUACCCCGUUUGCUAUUCCCAAAGGAGAAGAGGAGAAAGAUGGGUUGAAGAAAGAGGCGAACAAGGCAGGGGAGAAGGACACGACAUCCUGUGUGUGCUGCCGCAGCAAAUCCGAGGACCCGGAGGAAGAUGGGGAGACGAAGUAUUCGAAAGUCGGUUGUGUGUGCUGCAGCCAAUCAUCAGAGGACUCCACUCUAUCCCCUGUCAAGCCUAAAGUGAAGGGGAGCAAUGAAGACGAGGAGCUGUCUGAGCUGCAGCUGCGUCUCUUGGCCUUGCAGUCAGCCAGCAGGAAGUGGCACCAGAAAGAACAGCAGGUAAUGAAUGCGAGCAAGGAGAAGAUCACCAACGCCAAGCCUUCCCAGGAGAAGAUUCCCAACGCCAAGCCUUCCCAGGAGAAGAUCCCCAACGCCAAGCCUUCCCAGGAGAAGAUCCCCAACGCCAAGCCUUCCCAGGAGAAGAUCCCCAACGCCAAGCCUUCCCAGGAGAAGAUCCCCAACGCCAAGCCUUCCCAGGAGAAGAUCCCCAACGCCAAGCCUUCCCAGGAGAAGACAUCCAGCUAUACAUCCAGUGCACCCAACCCAGCUGAAAGAGGCAGAGUCACCACCAGGUCUGCCUCCUCUGCUGCCUCGGAGAAGGCCAAAGCUCUGGCCAACAAGCCCCAGGAGAAGGCCAAGGCUGGGGCUAAGCCUCCAGUGGAGAAGAGCAAAGCUCCGGUCAAGGGCUAUCCAGGGAGGAAGAUGGUCAGCCCAGGCUCGGUGGCCAAGCAGGCGUUCCGGAAGCAGCAGUUGAGGACCUGGAAGCUCCAACAGCAGAGAGACCAGGACGAGCUGCGGAGACAGGAAGAGGAGGAACGCCGCAGGAGAGAGGAAGAGAUCCGCAAGAUCCGGGAUCUGUCCAAUCAGGACGAGCAGUACAACCGCUUCAUGAAGCUGGUCGGGGGCUCCAAGCCGCCACUGGCGCGCAAUCCGAGCAAGUCCAGAGACAGCGACCACACUAGGAAGUCUUCUGGUAAACAGGGAUUGGACACCUCAGGGAACCUUUACCAGUAUGACAACUACGACGAGGUUGCCAUGGAUACUGACAGUGAGACCAAUUCUCCGGCGUCUUCUCCAGUACAUGAUCCAUUCGAGGUCCAAGGAUGUUUCACUCACAUGCCCAUGCCUUUCUCCAUGGACUCCCCUCAAUACAGAAUUGAUUUGGGUCAGCCGCGUUUCCUGUCCGUCAUUCCGUCCGCGCCCCCUCCGCCCUUACCCCCAAUGCCCCCACCCCCGGAUGAGCUAGAGCGCCCCCCCAAGCCGCCGUUCGCUGACGAGGAAGAGGAGGAGGAGAUGCUGCUCAGAGAGACCUGCCUCAUGUCCAUGGCCAACAAGAAGGUGGUACUUCCUGCGGAGAUUACCCUUGACAGCGGCCCCCCCUCUCCCUCCCCUCUGGUCAGUCUGGUUCAGCCGGUGCCCAUGAGCAACCGGAGUGUGGUCAGCCUCAACAUAGCACCCCAACCACGAAACAAGAAGUUCAGCCGCGGGCAUCACCACCCCAGGCUCCCACUGGUGCUCCCGCGGCACAAGGCGGUGGUAGUCCAGCUCAACGGUUCAGACGACAGUGACUCGGACAUGGAGACCUGCGGCAGCUCUACACGGACACAGUUUGUCUUUGGAGGCCUGGAGUUCAUGAUUAAGGAGGCCCGCAGGUCUGCAGAGGCAGCAAGAGCCAAACCGACGACAGGGUCUGAGGAGAACGAACCAGUCAGAACUCCGGAGGCUCUAUCCGAUGCCAAGAAGGCUGAGUAUCGUCUGCUGAAAGGAGAAAUAGCCAGUAGGGAGAAACAGAAGGUUCUGAUGGACCACAGUCCCCGAGCUGUGUCCUCUCCUGCAGGCUCCGAUCCCGAUGUGGACUUUGCUGCCAAGGCAGCGGCCAAGCUGCAGCUGACCGAGGCAGAGACCAACCUGACCAAACACAGAAACCUGCUCCUGAAGGACGACGGCGUCCUGAGGCAGCUCUUGCAGCAGGAGCAGAAGAAGAAGGAGGCGUUGAAGGCAGCUGAGGCCAAGGUGGCCAAGCUCAAAGAACAGCUCCUGGCCUCGGAGAAGAUCGUCAGCGCCAACAAGACCCUCCUCAACAGGCUCCAGGAACAGGUUCACCGUGUUCAGCUCCGCGUGUCAGUGAAGAAGAGCCACGGCUUGAAGCUGCAGAAAGAGAUGGUCCAAGCCCAGGCCGCCGCAGGCAGAGAGCCAGGGGUUCAGAAACGACGCACGGACGUCAGCCACCCCUCGCCUGUGAAGCGUUUGCGGCGCCACUUCGCCGACCUCCUGGCCCAGAAGCAGCGUCUGCAGCUGCUCGAGUCGGAGUACGCCCUAAAGAUCCAGAAGCUGAAGGAGGCCCAGGCCCUCCACAACCGAGGAGCCGUCCCCGAACCCCCGCCACCCCAGGCCACCUCCACCCCAAUCCCCAGGGCUCGCCAGCCCAGUGCCCCUCCCACCAGCCCCUUCCCUUUGCCCCAGCCAUCCCUACAUGACCUCACGCAGGAUAAACUCACCCUGGUCAGCAGUGAGGAUAUCACUGAGACUGAAGACGGUGACAUGGAGCCCGCCACUGCAGCAGUGCCCUGCGCCUCCACCCAGAGUGUUCGCAGGCGCUCUUUCAGAGAGACGGGCGCCUUCACCAAGCCUAAACUGGAGCCCGGUGGGACGGGACUGGUCAAGGAUUGUCCAGCCAAGUCAGCCAAGGUGAAGGCCCCUGGGCCUGGGGAGCUGUUCUUAGGGCUGGAGGUGGAGGCCCUGCAGACGAUGGACAAGCAGCAGGCCAACCUAGGAGAGCUGCUGCUCGGGGAACUACGGGCGCUAGGUGGCACUGUGGAGAAACCUCCAGCUGGGAAGGUGAUAGAGGUGGAUGUAGACAUAAUGGCUGCCCAGUCAAGCCGUGCUGAGCUGAAGCCUGUCCCGUUCGGACAAUAUCGCAGCCCUCUCCUGGUCUUCAAGUCAUACAGGUUCAGUCCGUACUUUCGGACCAAGGAGAAGUUAUCACUCAGCUCUGUGUCUUACAGCAACGUUGUAGUGCCCAAAAAGUGUUUCUGUCGCUUCGACCUCACAGGCACAUGCAAUGACGAUGACUGCAAGUGGCAGCAUAUGAGAAAUUGCACUUUUGGUGGAAACCAGCUUUUCCAUGAUAUCCUGUCGUACAACCUGGCCUUGAUUGGCUGCUCGGAGAGCAGUACUACUGAUGACAUCAGUGUUGCCACAGAAAAGUAUUUAAAAAAGCUCUUUGGGACAAACAAGGAUCGCAUGGGAAUGGACCAGAAGGCCGUCCUACUGUUGAGCAAAGUGAAUGAAAGCAAAAGACAUGUCCCUCCCUUCACCACGUGUAAGGAUCUCCGGAGGUGGAGGCCUCAGCCCGCUCACCAGGCCAGCCCAAGCGCUGGGGACGACAGCGGGGACGAGUGUGCAGACGCCAACCCUGGUCCAGUCAAAUACGACGGUUUUUCCAAGAGGAGUUUGUCUGCUGCCAUGGAUGUGUGUGUGACCCCAGACGACAAGCGUUACUUCAUUAGUGAGACUGACGACAUAUCUAACCUGGAGACCAGUGUCCUGGAGAGCCCGCGCGAUGCACAGCUGUGGAUCAAACUGGCCUUCAAAUACCUCAGCCAGAAAGAGACCUCUGUGGCGGAGUGCCUGGAUGCUGCGUUGAACACGCUGUCUCGUGCCCUGGAGGACAACCGGGACAACCCAGAGAUUUGGUGCCACUACCUGUCUCUGUUCUCCCGCCGCGGGACGAGGGACGAGGUGCAGGAGAUGUGUGAGAUGGCUGUCGAGCACGCCCCCGACUACCAAGUCUGGUGGAGUUACCUAACCAUGGAGAGCUCGUUUGAGGGGAAGGACUAUGUGUGUGGUCGUCUGCUGCAGUACCUACUAGACUGUUCUUGGACUAGUGGUUUCUCCGAGAGGCUCUCCUUCCAGUUGCUGGAGUCUCUACUCUACAGGGUCCAACUCAGCGUGUUCACCGGCCGGCUACAGAAUGCCCUGGCCAUCCUACAGAAUGCCUUGAAGUCGGUCACUGAGCAGUGCAUUGCUGACCACCUGACCGCGAGUGACCGCUGCCUAGUCUGGCUGUCCUUCAUCCACCUGACAGAGUUUGACCGCCUGCCGGCCAGCUUGUAUGACCCGGCCAACUCCAACCCUUCCCGGGUGGUAAGCACAGAGUCCUUCGCCCUCCCCUGGAGAAAGCCGCUCGACGUCCGCACCGAGCCUGACACACUUAUCGCUGUGUUCGAAGAUGCAGUACGUCAGUGCACAGACCAGACUCUGCCUCCCAGUGAGAGAACUCUGGCCUGUCUGCCUCUAUACACAAACCUCAUCGCCUGCUACAGCCUGCUGGGAAAGUACGAUGCGGGCCUGGAGCUGUGUGAGUCCCUGUUGGCGCUGUGCCCGCAGUCAUGUGUCCUGUUAGAUGCACUGUCAGGGCUCUACGUGGGGAAGGGGGACUGUGAGCAGGGUGUCUGCGUGUGGCUCCGGGCUCUGUCCCAGUGUCCACACAAUGCAGAGGUCUUCUACCACACCUGCAAGUUCUUUAUGGCACAGGAGAAGUCAAGUUGCAUCACUCCUCUGUUCCGGGAGUUUGUCCUGUCUUUCUGUGAUGGGGAGAGAAGUGAACAGAAACCUGUGGAUGUGCUACGGUCCAUCCUUGGUAUUCCAACAGAGGACAUCCUAAGAGGCCCAGUUAUCAAAAAGCAACUUCAAGAGCAGCUUAGUCACCAAAAGCCUUACCUGAACCUCGUCCACUGUCUGUGGCAGUGGGUGCACGGUAGUGUUGGGGAGGCGAUGGAUGCUUUCGAAAGAGCCCUGGGAGCCGUAAUGCAGCUAAAUGUCCUUCAAAAGCUAUGGAUGGAUUAUCUCCUUUUUACCAGCAGUAAGCUAGCUGGGAGCCCCUCCAACGGCAGAGAGCUCCGGAUGUUAUCAGACCUGGUCCAGCGUUGCCUAGUAACUGUCCCUUCCAGGCUGGAAGUUCCGUUCAGCUCGGCCCAGUACUGGAGCUGCUUCAGAUUUCACAACAAGGUUAUGUUCCACUACUUGUGCUGUCUGCCCCAGUCCCAGCACCCCCAUAUCCUGGAGAGACUAAAGUACACCAUGCCCACCAACGCUGAACUGGCCCUGAGGUUGCUGCAUCAAGAGUGGCAGGAUGGAAAUAUAGAACAUCUGAAAUUCCAGGCGAGAAUGUUGAGCAGUAGCAUUCCAAACUAUCUGGCCAACUGGAAAAUAGCGAUCGCUGUGGAGAGGGAACUCAAGGAGCGCUCCGAGGUCCGGCUUCUUUAUCAGCAAGCCCUGCAAAAGCUUCCACUGUGUGCCACCCUAUGGAAAGAUCGCCUGCUGUUUGAAGCUGCGGAGGGAGGUAAAACUGAUAAACUGAGGAAACUUGUUGACAAAUGUCAAGAGGUGGGAGUGAGUCUAAGUGAGCCCCUAAAUUUAGUCUGGAGCAAAAUGGAGGGAGAGGAUCACUGAGGAUAACCACCCCCACCCCC